AUGGCCCUGAUCCCGUGCCCCUUCAUCGCGCUGAGCGCUACGGUGGCGGACCCCAGCGUGUUCCACAACUGGCUGGGCCGGGUCAACGAAAAGAAGGAGCUCGCCAAGGUGUCCAUAAUAGAACACCGGGAGCGGUGGAACGAUCUCUACAAGUACGUUUGGCACAAGGGGGAGCUGAGGCCGCUACACCCGUUUUGCUGCCUUGUGGAGAGCUCGGUGCGCCGGAACGGCAUGUCCUCGGACUUGACGCUGGUGCCACGGGAGAUGGUGCAGCUCUACCAGGAGGUGAAGAAGAUCAUUGGGCCCAACAAGCUUUGGGACAGGCUGUCGCCCAAGGAAUUCUUUGCCGGUAUGUCGUUUGUCACCAAGAUCGACUCCCGAAAUUACGAGAAGCAGCUGAAGGAAAGUUUCCUGGAGCUGCUCAAGAGCAACACCUUGCAAACGGAGGGCUUCUCUCAGCUCACUCUGUCGCUGCAGCAGUUCCCAGAUUUGGAUCUGAGCUUCUCUCCGCCCCCGCGAGUCGAGGCCGAGGCCAGCGAUUUGCGGAACUUGACCAAGGAGACCUCCUACUUGCAGGCGGCGACGCUCUUCAACCUCUGCAAAGACCUGGACAAGAAAGACAUCAUGCCGGCCAUCGUGUUCAACUUCUCAAGGAAGGAAAUUGAGCGCAUGCUCAAGAAGCUGGUGGAGGAGUUGGAAAAGCGGCAGGAAACGAA